CUCCUUCACUUACCCAAUCCCACUUAGCUUACGCCGCCCCAUCAUCAUGACAUAUUCUCUGAAUAUCGCUGUCAUCGGAGCCGGCACCUCCGGCCUACUCACCGCCCGGGAGCUUCUCCGAGAGAACCACCGAGUCACCAUCUUUGAAAAGUCAAACCGUCUCGGUGGAACCUGGCUUUACGAACCCCAAGUCGAGGCCGACGAUGUUCUUCACCUUAACCCCAAUAGAUCCGUUGUCCACAGCAGUCUCUACUCAUCCCUCCGAACAAAUCUCCCCCGGCCACUCAUGGGUUUCUCCGAUUACUCAUUUGAAGACAAAUACUACGGUGAUCCGAGAAUGUUCCCCGGUCAUGAAGAGGUUCUAAAGUUUUUGCAGGAUUUUGCUAACGAGUUCGGAGUCACUGAGGUGAUUCGGUUUAACUCGGAGGUGGUGCGAGUCGAUUCAUUAGAUGGUGAUUUUGUGGUGGAGUGGAAGACGAUGGAGAUGGGUUCGGUGGCGGAGGUGUUUGAUGCGGUGGUCGUUUGCAGCGGCCACCAUACUGAACCUCGAAUCGCCGAUGAUGUUCCUGGUAUCGAGGAAUGGUCACGAAAACAAACUCAUAGUCACAAUUAUCGUGUUCCUGAACCAUAUCGAGAUCAAGUCGUGGUAGUGAUUGGGAACGGGCCUAGUGCACUCGAUAUAUCUCGAGAAAUCGCAACAGUUGCCAAAGAGGUUCAUCUUUCGUCAAGAUCUUUAAAUGUCAAGGUCUCAAAGUUGGAUGUGUAUGAAAAUAUAUGGCAACAUUCAAAGAUUAACCGUGUUUAUGAUGAUGGAACGAUCUUCUUCCAAGAUGGAGAAUCUAUUGAAGCGGAUGUUAUCUUACAUUGCACGGGGUACAAAUUCCAUUUCCCCUUUCUAAGAACAAACAAUGUUGUGCAUGUGGAUGACAAUCGUGUUGGACCACUCUACAAACAUGUGUUCCCUCCACAACUCGCACCUAGACUAGCUUUUGUUGGACUAACAUAUAAUCAAGGUGUUCAUUUUCAAAUGUUUGAGCUGCAAUCGAAGUGGGUAGCACUUGCAUUGUCCGGGAAAAUAUCAUUACCAUCGGAAGACGAGAUGUUAGCCGAUGUUCACAAACAUUAUCGAGAAAUGGAGGAAAAUGGGAUCCCAAAGCGCUACACUCAUUCACUAGGUUUUAAGUUCGAAUAUUUGGACUGGUUAGCUGCUCAAGUAGGAUUGCGAAUAGAUGAUCGACUUAAAGUGAUUUGUAGGAAUCUUCUCGAACAAUGGAUUUCUCAUCCUAAUGGUUUUAGAGACGUGUUUCAAUUAUAAUUUCCUUUGAUUUGUGCAUAUCAGUUGCAAUCAUAGGAAUACAAAUCAUUUUAUCAAGAAAGUUGUCUAUUGUAAUGUGACAUUUGAUCGUUUGUAUUAGAAACCCAAAUGAAUUAGUAGUUUUUAUAAAGGGAAUAUGGGGUUUGGAAACCAU